AGUAUUCGCAACAUCGGCCAUCGGCACGUCACUUGCCGUUGGACUGUUCCCCAGGACGGUCGCGUUUUUUCCGGAACCGAGCGCGCGCGCCAACCGGGUUAAAGUGUGUCUUUGUGAGAAUAACUACAAGCUCUAUUACAAGAAAAAGUGGAAGAGUAUCUGCAGAACUUUGUGUGUUAGUGCUCGGGACUAGACCAUUAUCUGCAUCCUCACUGGUGGAAAGCGGAUUUGAAUCUUGGUCGCAUUUCGGAGUCACACUUCAUCAACGGAGGAGCUACUUUGGAAGCCGUUUUGGAACUGUUUCAAGUGGUUUUCGGCUGCACAAAUGAAGUGUUGAGUUAUAUCGGAUAUAAAGUGCACAGUAAUGCUCAAAGGAAAUUCAGUAUUGGGAUGAUCGUUUCAUUGCAGCAGCGAGAAGAAAUGUGAUAGUGGCAAGGGUGAUGAAAGAAGUUGCGACACCCACAGGAAGAUGAAUGUUACAUAACAGUAUAGAAGGAAAGCAAAAAAUUGUGCAUUAAGUGGUACAACUGUAUAUCAAAGAGUGUUUAUUUCAAAGCCAUAUUCAGAAUAGUGUCUUGAAACUCACUGCUGCAACGGUCGGAGGAACGGCGCAUAAAAUGCAGCACGUCAAAUGGGCACUUCUCGUCACGCUAUGCGUAACGGUCGGAGGGGCUGAAUUCGAAAACAGUAAAACGUUAGAAGACAGUAUAGAAUUCACAGCAACCACAUUAGCGAUAGAUGAUAGUCCACUUAGUAGAGCGAAGCGAAAUGGCAACUUUAGGGGAGCAUUCCGCGGCCAAACACAAUCACAGUACUUACACUUCGGCGAGAACCAGGACGGCAAGGCAGAAGCCGAAGCGACUCAACAUGGAUCCAGAGCGGUAGUUGCGGGUUCCAACGGUAUGGGACAGGCUCAAAGUCAGUCAAUGGGAGGUGACUGUGGCUCAUGUCUAGGAGUUGGCCUUGACGGUGGAAGCUACGUAUAUGAUUCACGACCGGACCCAUUGAGAGUUCCAGAUGGUGGUUCUCACCGGCCAGGAGAUAGAUUGAGAUUACCGGAUGGAUACGAUUACCGUGUUCCUGGCACUGAUGGCGCAGGAGCGGGAGCUGGUCAGCGACCUGGCACUACGGAUACCGGAUUUAGACCAGGUUCGGAUAGCUUUGGACAAUUUGGACAGCCUGGUGUGUUACGCCCUGGUGGAAGACCGGGUGAUGCAGGUUCCGGAACUGGGACUCCGGGUAGACCAGGUGAGACUGGCACAGGAGCUGGUGUUGAUGCGUUUGGCAGACCAAUUAGUGGAAGACCAGGGACAUCAGGUCGCCCUAGUGAUAGUGGUGCAGGAGCUGGUGUAGAUCAAUAUGGAAGACCAAUCAGUGGAAGACCCGGUGAUGAUACAUAUGGAAGACCAGGAGUAUCUGGCCGUCCAGGUGACGCAGGUGCAGGAGGUGGUGUAGAUCAAUAUGGUAGGCCAAUCGGUGGAAGACCCGGUGAUGAUACAUAUGGAAGACCAGGAGUAUCUGGCCGUCCAGGAGACACAGGUGCAGGAGCUGGUGUAGAUCAAUAUGGUAGACCAAUCAGUGGAAGGCCUGGAGACGAUACCUAUGGCAGACCAGGAGUUCCUAGCCACCCGGGAGAUGCUGGUGCCGGUGUAGAUGCUUACGGUAGACCGCUCGGUGGAAGACCAGGUACAGGGCGACCAGGUGAAUCAGCUACUGGUGCUGGGCUAGAUGCAUUCGGCAGACCUAUAACUGGAAGACCAGGAGAUGACUUAGCGGGAAGACCAGGUGCCGGAAGACCAGGAGACAGAUUGGUUGAUGUCUAUGGUAGACCAAUAGGAUCUGACGGAAGACCUGGGGAUCAUGGAGCAGCUAAUGGAAUUGGAGUUGAUUCAUUCGGUAGGCCAAUCGUACCAGGAAUAAGACCCGGAGACACAGCAAGUGAUGGUUCAGCAAGACCAGGAACUGGAUCGACGCGACCAGGAGAAGUGGACUCAUUUGGACGGCCUAUUGGGCCUGACGGACGUCCAGGUCAAGUACCAGGUUAUGUUCCUGGAGCAGCUGGAGUACCCGGAACGAUCGGUGGCCCAGGAGCAAUAGGUGGACCUGGGUCUAUAACAGGUAGGCCAGGUUCUGGUGCAGUACCUGGUUCAUUGAGCGGUCCCGGAACGGUAGGUGUCCCCGGAGCUAUGCCUGGUACAACUGGUGGACCAGGUUUAGGCACACCAGGAACAGUUGGAGGACCAGGAGGAGCUGGUGAUAUUGGAAGACCCGGUUCAUUUGGAGGUCCUGGUAUGAUUGGUGGGCCUGGAAAAGUUGGAGGACCUGGAAUGAUAGGAGGAAUACCUGGUACCCCCGGAGUUGGUGGUACUCCAUCUGGACCGGCAGGACCAGGAUAUAUUCAGAGACCAGGAGAUGGUGGAUAUUAUAUUCCAGGACACGGGCCAGCAGGACCUCAAUCACAUAUUAUGGGACCAUCUCUGAGCACUGUUGGAACUACGAGUGCAUCAGGUGUCUAUCACACGGGAGCCCAUUCCGUAACACUCCCCGGACAUGACCACACUGUAGUUAAUCCCACUGGUGGACUCACCGUUUUGGUCGGAACAGGAAGCCCGAAGCAGACGGUUAUUGGUUCUGACAGUCGUUUGGAUGGGCAUGGUCCAGUAAAAAUCCUCUCAGGCCCGGCAGAUAGCAGUGGACCACCCAAACAAACAGUUUACGCACAUCCUGGCGGAGUUACAGUGUUGGUAGGAACCGGAGGACCGCAUCAAACUGUACACCAUUUACCAGUAUCUGGAGGAGGCUAUGUUCAUGGAACUGCAGGAGUUGGCACUGUCGGUGGUCCCCAAACAAUACACACUGGUGGUCAGAUGACACAUCCAGCUGCAUGGAUUCCUGGUACCGGUACUGGCAGCCAUGGAGGACAAUAUCCCGUUGGUCCAGGAGUCAGUGGUCAAUAUCCCAGCAGGCAGGUACCUGGAGGAGUUGGACAAUUGCCAGGAGGUAUUGGAACUGGUCACUAUCCUGGUGGACAACACCCAGGAACAGGGCAGAUUGGUCCCGGAGCUAGUGGUGGGCAAUUUCCAAGUGGCGUAGCUGGUGGGCAGUACCCUGGAGGUACUGGUGCUGGACAGUAUCCCGGAGGAUAUGCAGGGGGCCCAGGUACUGGACAGUAUCCGGGAGGUGUAGGAACGGGACAAUAUCCAGGUGGACAAUAUCCGGGAGCUAGUACACCAGGCUAUGCAGGAGGUCCAGGUGUUGGUAGUGGUCAAUAUCCAGGUGGAGGAGCUGGUGCUGGGACGGGACAACAUCCAGGAGGUACAGGUUCUGGACAUUAUCCAGGUGGUGCCGGUAUAGGACAAUAUCCAGGUGGAGGUGCAGGACAACAUCCAGGUGGAGGGGGCACCGGUGCUGGACAUUACCCUGGCGGAGGAUCGGGCAGCAGUGCAGGGCAAUAUCCAGGAGGGGUGGGAACUGGACAAUAUCAUGGUGGACAACUGUCUGGAGGAGCAGGUGCCGGUACAGGGCAAUACCCAGGAGGAGUUGCCACUGGACAAUAUCCUGGUGGACAACUGCCUGGAGGAGCAGGUGCCGGUGCUGCACAAUACCCCGGAGGAGUGGGUACUGGACAAUAUCCUGGUGGACAACUGCCUGGAGGAGCAGGUGCCAGUGCUGGACAAUACCCAGGAGGAGUUGGAACUGGACAAUAUCCUGGUGGACAACUGCCUGGAGGAGCUGGACAAUACCCAGGAGGAGUUGGCACUGGACAAUACCCUGGUGGACAGUUGCCUGGAGGUGCCGGUGCCGGUACAGGACAAUACCCAGGAGGAGUUGGCAUUGGACAAUAUCCUAGUGGACUGCCUGGAGCAGCAGGUGGCGGUGCUGGACAAUACCCAGGAGGUGUGGGCACUGGACAAUACCCAGGCGGACAACUGCCUGGAGGAGCUGGACAAUAUCCAGGGGGAGUUGGAACUGGACAAUAUCCUGGUGGACAACUGCCUGGAGGAGCAAGUGCCGGUGCUGGACAAUACCCCGGAGGAGUAGGCACUGGACAAUAUCCUGGUGGACAACUGCCUGGAGGAGCAGGUGUCGGUACUGGACAAUACCCUGGAGGAGUUGGAACUGGACAAUAUCCUGGUGGACAACUGCCUGGAGGAGCAGGUGCCGGUGCAGGACAAUAUCCUGGUGCACAACUGCCUGGAGGAACAGGUUCCGGUACUGGACAAUACCCAGGAGGAGUAGGCACAGGACUAUAUCCUGGCGGACAGCUGCCUGGUGGUUCAGGAGCAGGAGCAGGUGCUGGUGCUGGACAAUAUCCAGGGGGAGUAGGCACAGGACAAUAUCCUGGCGUACAGCUACCUGGUGGUGCUGGAGCAGGUUCCGGUACAGGGCAAUACCCAGGGGGAGUAGGCACAGGACAAUAUCCUGGCGGACAGCUGCCUGGAGGAGCAGGUGCAGGUGCAGGUGCAGGUGCUGGACAAUACCCAGGGGGAGUAGGUACAGGACAAUAUCCUGGCGGACAACUGCCUGGAGGAGCAGGAGCAGGACAGUAUCCAGGUGGAACAGGAACUGGACAAUAUCCAGGUGGUGCAGGCGUUGGACAAUAUCCUGGAGGCUCAGGCACAGGACAAUAUCCAGGCGGUGGAGGAGCUGGAACUGGGACCGUAGGCUACCCAGGUGGACAAUACCCGGGACAGCACGCAGCAACGGUAGAUCAAUAUCCAAUCACCAUUCCUCAAGGAGGUGCCGGAACAGGUACAGCUGUGGGUGGACCUGUUAAUAUCCAGGUGGCUGAAGAAGAUGACGACGCUUUCUCGCAAGCCGAAACUUCAGUGAAAAACGGCGAAGCAAUAGCUAGCGCUCAAGGACGCAAGAACGGUGGCACAGCGCAAACUCAAGUGUCCGGAACAUAUACAGGAGCCAGUUCAUUCAGUGCGAGUGCACAAACAAGCGAUAGCGACAGGUCGGCACAAGCACAAGUGUCGGGCGGUAAGGACGGUGCGUUGAGUUCUGCACAAGGUGCAGGAGGUGUCGGUAAAUCGCAAUCUCAGGUUCAGGUGAACUCAAAAACCGGUGGAACGUCUGCUACUUCGCAGAGCGGUGGCCUGGGUCACGAAAGUCAAUCGGAGGUUGUAGCAAAUGAGAAAGGUGGCCUAGCAGAUGCUCAGUCCAGCGGUCCAGGACAAACUUCAUCGCAGGCUCAAAUCGGUUUCCGUCCACAAGGAGAAGACAGCGCACAGUUGAAUAUUUUCAACGGUGGAGGACAAUCAUCGGCUCAGUCGGGAGCUCACUCCGGACAGAGUCAGUCUCAGAUCAGUGGAAACUUCAAAUUUGGAAUUUCCUACCAUGGAGCUGCACAAGCGGCAUCGGGAACGAAAGAACAAGUAUCCCGCUACCGAGAAAAGGGAAAGCAGUUAUUUCAAUCCAUCAACCUAUACGGCCGGAAUAAUAACGGAGCAUCGGUAAGACGUGAAUCAGACGGGGUAGACGCCAAUGGAAUGCGAUUGCGGACAUCGCAGCAAAGUUCAGUUACCGACUUCCAGAACAUUCUUCCCAAACCAGACGAAGAAGUCGAGUACGAGGAAGAGGAUGAAGAAUACGAAGAAGAAGACUACGAAACAACUGAUCAAUCUGUCCUAACAGGAGUUGAGGCUAAAUCUCGAAAGACAUCAAGCGAUGAUGAAGAGAACAAAACAACCAUUCAUGAGCUACCACCUCCAACUGUUCCUGCGGGAUUGGUUACCACAACUACGCGUCCAAACCGAAACUACAACAUCAACAACGGAAACGGGAAGACAUUCUCCCAGAAUACCCCAUCGCAAAAGCAAACUGCAUUCGUACCCAAUCUGGACAAAUACCGUCUAAUUCAAACUCAAAACGGCAAAACAGCAGUUCACGAUGCUUCCAGCGAGAAGGCUUCGGGUGGAAUCGGUGAUACCCAUGAUCAAACAUCACCAACCAGUACAGAUUCCACCACGCUGCAGGUGCCAAGUUCCACACCAAAGUACCACACUCGAUACCUACCUUCAAAACACGCGGAUUCGUCUGGUAAUCGCAUCAACUCGGGUGUCAAGCCCCCCAAUCCGGAGAGCUACAUUUCGGUCACGAAACAGGUGACCGGAAUCGAUGAAAACAGCAACGUGCCUGCCAUUCCGGGCAAGAACUACGAGUCAACUUACUACACAAAGUCCUCGACGUGCGGAUAUUUUACCUUCUCGUGUAACAUCGUGUACGGUACAAACGGUCGGAGCAAGAUUUGCAGGCCAAAACCACCGACGAAUGGAAAGUGCUAGGUAAAAGCUACUUAGGAGAUUAGGUGAAAAAUAGAGCUUAAGGACAACACACACACACACUCUCACACGCACUCACACAAACACAAAACUGCCAUCGUGGAAAACAGCGAUUUAACCGUUAGUUAACUUAAGGCUGCAAGUUUUCCUCUCAUUGCAAUACUGCCAGACGCUGUCGCCAAAGAAGCGCUCGCGUCGCCAUAGACUCGCAGUGCCACUAAUAGUAAGAGUUUUAUCUGUACCAAGAAAUAAAAC